CGGAGACGAAGAAUACGAUGGCCUCGCUCUUGGUAUAGUCGAUCGCGGUCCGUCUGGACGGUUUCAUCCGAAUCCCCAAUCAUGCCGACGGCGGCGGCGCGGCCUCCAGUUCCGCCUCCCUUCCGAAGCUUCUCAUCUUAUAAAAUCUCUCCCCACAUCCACAGCAAGCUUAGAGUUCGCUUUGGCAAGCCGUCGGCUCCGUCCUCCGACAGCAAGAAGGUUGAUAUGCCGGUGGAGUUCCUCCCCAACGCUCGACGCCGGAAGAUCGAUCCCACUUGGCGCGGUGGAGGGUUCAGCCUCGGCGUCGAUCUAGGGUCUUCUCGGACUGGCCUAGCCCUCGGCAAAGGCUAUACUCCCCGACCCCUAGCUGUGCUGGAGCUGAGCGGCCAGAAACUUGAGCUGCGUUUGCUUGAAAUUGCAGAAAAAGCGGAGGUCGACGAGUUCAUCGUUGGGAUUCCCAAAUCUUACGAUGGAAAGGAGACAGUUCAGUCCAACAAGGUUCGUAGCAUUGCAGGAAGGUUUGCGGCGAAAGCAUCAGAGAGAGGUUGGAGAGUUUAUUUGCAGGAUGAACAUGGCACUUCAGUAGAUGCUCUUGAUUACAUGAUAGAUAUUGGUUAUUAUCUACACUUCUCUAUCAGGGGGCUGAAGAAAUCCACCCGACGAGGAAAGGUUGAUGCCUACUCCGCCAUGGUUUAUGGUCCUGGAAAGAUAUUUCUCCAUAUCUGGUUUAGGAACUGAACUAGUUCUUCCCAAGCAGUUAGAACUACAAGAGAGACUUCGAAGGGGCCCCUACCGAGAUCUCGACUUCUGAAUACCGCACACUAAAGUAUUUCUCAAACGUGUCUCUUUGUAAACCUUGAGGUACAGUUAACAAGUAAGAGGAGAGUUUAAGUUGAAAGGUGUAUUAUGGCGUGAAAUGAGCUAAGCAUGUAGUUUAUUAGCUGUACGAAAAACCUAAAUGAUUUUAAUCGUGUUCUCUUAUGUAUCUUUUUUGCUGAAUUAUUUUGUAAAUCGGCUUUGAUUGGAUAUGAUUUGUUCAAAUAAUAAA